UUCGAAGUCUUCAUUGAUGAUGCAUACGACCAUGGACCGAUAGUUGUACGCAACGUGCGUACGACAAAAGCGCAUGUGCACUCUCAUGAGCAUGUGCCCAUGACGCAGGGCAGGGUCGAAGGGGCUAGCAGCUCUAUACACCAAGCUACUAGUCAUCGUGAAAGAGAGAAAGCGGUCAAGCGAGAUGUUGUGGCACAGAAUAGUAAUCGCUGCGCACCACGAUCACACAUUGAUGUCUUAAUUGACGCUCUAGAUGCAGAUAAUGCACGCCGGGGAAUAUUGUCGCGCGAAGAGCCUGUGCCUUCCAAGGAGCACGCGUCGACUGCCUCGACAGAGUUUAAAUUUACGGCAGAAGAGAAGAUCUGGGGCGAGCUGCUAUGGGAAGACGACCCCACCUCUGAGAAGUCAGUAGACGACGAAACUCUCCAAAAUACGCUUAAGACCGACCAUCAGACCCUGCCACAGCCCAUGAAAACGAAUCAUAACGGAGUGGUGACCAGGGAGGUAUUCCAUACACACCCUGAUGAUCCCAGUCUUGUACAAUCCGAGCUCACAUUUCCUCAUCCUUCUUGCCAAGGUUGGUACGAGCGAUUUGACGAGCUUCCAGAAUUGAACGCCACUGCCAGUAAGACAGACUCAACCCCUCCACGGACGUUCUGCCACUUCUGGCCACAGCUUCAAGAUGCUACCAUUCCCAAGAAGCGCCACAGUCUUCCCUGGAAACCAGUUCCGGACUGUGGCCGAGCUCUGUGCCUAUACACCGCUAUCAACAAGUUCUGCCGCCUCAAUGGAGUCAGCCAGUUCGGUGUCAGCGACGCUGGACUAACUCAGUCUACGCUACAGCUCAUGCUGGACGAGGUCAAUACUGUGAGCAAUAAAGUGAGGAAGGUCGAUGCCAUCCGGUCAAUUAUCCGGAAUUCUCGCGCCGACCGGUACAAGCCGCUCUUCAAUUUGGCGACCGAAGCUGCAAAUAUUCGUGCGAAGAGGAGGAAAGGCGAGAUGGCGAUGGAGGUGAAACCUCUUCAUGUCAUUCUACUUUCGCGAUUUUCGACUGGACCUGCCUCAAGCGUAGCGACUCAGACCCAAGCACCCGCACGUCGCAAGCACAAAGCAGCUGUAAAAGACAGCGAAGACAAAGAGACCGACUAG